AUGCGCGCCGCCGCGCUGGGGCUGGCGCUCCGGGCACUCUGGGCUCUGGCCCUCUCCUCCCUCUCCAACACGCUGGCAGUGAACAACAGCGGGCGGUGGUGGGGCAUCAUCAACGUGGCCUCGUCCACCAACCUGCUGACGGAUUCCAAGAACGUGCAGCUGGUGCUGGACCCCAGCCUGCAGCUGCUGAGCCGAAAGCAGCGCAAGCUGAUCCGGCAGAACCCCGGCAUCCUGCACAGCGUCAGCUCCGGCCUCCAGACUGCCAUCAAGGAGUGCAAGUGGCAGUUCCGCAACCGCCGCUGGAACUGUCCCACCUCCCAGGGCCCCAACAUCUUCGGCAAAAUCGUCAACCGGGGCUGCCGGGAGACAGCGUUCAUCUUUGCCAUCACCAGUGCCGGCGUGACGCACUCGGUGGCCCGGUCGUGUUCGGAGGGGUCCAUCGAGUCCUGCACCUGUGACUACCGGCGCCGUGGCCCUGGGGGCCCUGACUGGCACUGGGGGGGCUGCAGUGACAACAUCGACUUCGGCCGCCUCUUUGGGAGGGAGUUUGUGGACUCCAGUGAGAAGGGCCGAGACCUGCGUUUCCUCAUGAACCUGCACAACAACGAGGCGGGGCGCAUGACGGUCUUCUCGGAGAUGCGCCAGGAGUGCAAGUGCCACGGCAUGUCAGGCUCCUGCACCGUCCGCACCUGCUGGAUGCGGCUGCCCACCUUCCGCGCCGUGGGCGACGUCCUGAAGGAUCGCUUUGACGGCGCUUCCCGCGUCAUCUACGGCAACAAGGGCAGCAACCGGGCGUCGCGGGUGGAGCUGCAUCACCUGGAGCCCGAGAACCCGGCCCACAAGCCCCCCUCGCCCCACGACCUCGUCUACUUCGAGAAAUCCCCCAAUUUCUGCACCUACAGUGGGAAGACGGGCACGGCAGGCACGGCCGGGAGGUUCUGCAACAGCUCCUCGCCGGGGCUGGACGGGUGCGAGCUGCUGUGCUGCGGGCGCGGGUACCGCACGCGCACCCAGCGCGUCACCGAGCGCUGCAACUGCACCUUCCACUGGUGCUGCCACGUCAGCUGCCUCAACUGCACCAACACCCAGGUGCUGCACGAGUGCCUGUGACCUGCCCCGAGACCGCCCUGCCCAGCCCCGGAGGGGGUCUGCGCCACCCAACCCCCCAUGACGGGUGCCCGGCUGGAUUGAAGGCACCUAUGGGUGGGGGUAUGGAUGUGUCCUAGGGACCCCCAUCCCGCCAUGGGUGGGCUCAGUGCCAAGCACCUUCCCGGCCACUCCCCAGCUCCACGGGGUCCCUUCUUGCUGUAAAUAAAAUAUUUAUUGUGGACGGUUCGGUGCUGCCGCCCCCACCCUGCUUUGCUGGCCACAGGCCCUGUUUUUUAUAAUUAAAGAUAAUAAUAAUUAAUAAUAAUUAAUAAUAAUGAUGCUUUGUUACAGGUG